AUGUACAAAUGGUGCAGCGUGGGGAGCAGCAGUGUCGUUCCUCGGCGGGGCCUUGCGGUGUGGACUCGGCGUCCAGUCGCAGCGGGCUCCAGGACAGUGGGUUCGGCAGCGACAGCGCCAGGAUCCGUAUCAUCCAGAUGGAGCAGCAGAGCGGAGGCUCCCAACACCGACGCUCGACCCUCCAGGAAGUCCACCGUCAUCAAGAACCUCUCCUUCGUCCCCUUCGACGUCUUCCUGACCGCCAGUAAACUCUCUGUCAUGACCUACGCCUGCUCCACUCUAUCCAAGACCCCCCCCGCCUCGCCAGAGAAGAAGGUUGGAGACGGGACGACAGGGAAGAGUGCCCUGAACCAGCCAGACACCAUCCCAGCCUCCUCCUCCUCCCCAGGCCCUCCUACCCUGGUCCCUCUGUCAGGCCUGACAGCAGAGGACCUCCUAAACAGUAACAACGUUCCCCAGGAGCCCCGAGGUUCACUCCUCUCCCUGGACUCCCUGCCCGCCCCCAGCCGCUACUCGGCCCGCCAGGCCCUGGGGGUCACCAUCGUGAGGCAGCCUGGGAGGAGAGGGGCUGGAGACCGGGUCCUGGAGCCCCUACUGUACCUCCAGGUGGUCCAGCCGUCGGCCCUGCUCAGCUGCCACCACCGUAAGCAGAGGCUGGACGUGUCUGUGUUCGAUGUGUCUCUGAGGGGAGUCUCCUCUGACUAUAAGUGUCUGGAUCCAGGAAAGUCUCUCCCAGAGGUAUUAGACUACAGUGUGUUGUGGGUCCAGACUGUAUCAGGAGAGUCUGACAGUCAGACAGGUGUCCCCCCUCCUCUGGCCUGUCUGCAGAUCAGAGACUUCCUCAGUGGACCAGCGGAGCUGAAUGUGGAGCUGUCCCGGCCCCUGAAGGUGAACCCUACGCUGGUGAAACUGGAGCAGACCAAGGCCUACCUGAGGAGGGUUCUACCUCAUCACUACUGGGAGGCUCCCAAACCCCCCUCCACCCCUCAUUCCUCCCCCAGUAGGACCUCGUCCUCCUCUCCCCCUCGUCCCGACCCCUCCCACCUCAGCUCCCUAAGAGCCCUGGCACCCUUCCACAAGGUGUCCCUCCGCACCGCCCAGAUCGUGGUUGUCAUGGAGACCGAGUCGCACCCUGCCCGGCCCAGCCUGUCCUGGUCGGUGGCGGCUAUGAAGAGUACCAUGGACAUGAAGACUGGGCCCAAGCUAGACGACCCGGUCCAGUCAGUCUCAGUGCUGUUGGAGCUGCAGGAUAUCGUGUUGAGGACGGGUCUGAAGGAUCGGAGCCGUCUGCUGCUGGGGCCUUUCUCCUGUAGCGCCGCCCUAGAGGCCAGGUGGUGUAGGCACAGCAGCAGUCCUGAACCUGAGACUGGGACCCCUAAACUACUGCUGGACCUGAAGGGAGGCCUACUGCAG